CCGGCCCGUGCAUGGCCCAGCCAUGGAGGUGGUGGACGAGACGGAGGCUCUGCAGCGCUUCUUUGAAGGCCACGACAUUAAUGGAGCUCUGGAACCAUCCAACAUCGACACCAGCAUCCUGGAAGAGUACAUCAGCAAGGAAGACUCUCCAGAGAUCUGCUUCCCUGAGAUCCCUGCUCCCGCCAGCUACACCCACCCCCAGCCCUCCAGCUCCGCCGGCAUCCCCGCUCCUCCCGGCGGCUCCGUCGGCAGCGUGAGCAAUCCCUCUCCCAGCCCUGCCCUCCACCUCCCUGCGGCCGGCAGCCAGCUCCCCAUCCGCCAUGGUCCCCUCCUGGCCACUCCCUGCGGAGCCGCCUACGGAGCCCACCUCAACUGCAACAACAACAACGGCAUGGUGGUGCCCAAGGGCUUCCUGGCGGGGCACUGCCUGAGCAACGUGGUGCCUCCAAUCAAAUCAGAGCCCAAGGCCUCCUACGCACCGGGCACUUUGCCAGACUCUCCCCCGGAUUCCGGAUCGGAAGCCUACUCCCCUCAGCAGGUGAAUGAUCCUCAUCUCCUCCGGACCAUGACUCCCGAAAAUAUGUGUCACAUGACUCCCCCUUCCCGCCUGGAGCACCCUCCUCCUCCGCCGCCUCCUCCUCCACCCCCUCACCUCCAGGGUCCCCCUCCGCCGCCCCCACCGCCCCCUCACCCCCUGCAGCCACAGCACAAUUCCCACUUUCCUGGCCUGCAGCGGGAUAUGUUCCUGAAGGCCGAGCCCCUGAUGCCUCCGUACAGCGUUGGGCCGGGAAUGGCGCCCGCCGAGCUCCACCAUGCCCAGCAAUCCCAGAUGCUGCACCAGCUCCUCCAGCAGCAUGGAGCAGACCUCCCGGUGCAUCCCGCCAAGAAGCGGAAACACUCCGAGUCCCCCCCCAACACCCUCAAUGCCCAGAUGCUCAACGGGCUGAUCAAGCAGGAGCCGGGAAUGGGAUCGGUGCCGCUCAACCCCGACCGCGUCCAGACGCCGCCCUGGCACCAGCCAGGAGCGCUCUCUCCAGGCCUGAUUCAGGAUAAUGACAGCCUGAAUGGCUCCUACCUGGAUCCCAACUUCCAGUCCAUCAAGUGGCAGCCACACCAGCAGAACAAGUGGGCAACUCUGUACGAUGCCAACUACAAGGAGCUCCCGAUGCUCACGUACCGCGUGGAUGCUGACAAGGGCUUCAACUUCUCCGUGGGAGACGACGCCUUCGUGUGCCAGAAGAAGAACCACUUCCAGGUCACCGUGUACAUCGGAAUGCUCGGCGAUCCCAAGUACGUGAAGACCCCCGAGGGCCUGAAACCCUUGGAGUGCUUCUACCUGAAGCUGCACGGGGUGAAGCUCGAGGCCUUGAACCAGUCCAUCAACAUCGAGCAGUCGCAGUCGGACCGCAGCAAACGGCCCUUCAACCCCGUCACGGUGAACCUCCCCCCAGAGCAGGUCACCAAGGUCACUGUGGGGCGGCUGCACUUCAGCGAGACCACGGCCAACAACAUGAGGAAAAAAGGCAAACCCAACCCGGACCAGAGGUACUUCAUGCUGGUGGUGGCCCUGCAGGCACACGCCCAGAACCAGAACUACACGCUGGCAGCCCACAUUUCCGAGCGGAUCAUCGUCCGGGCUUCCAACCCGGGGCAGUUUGAGAGUGACAGUGACGUGCUGUGGCAGCGGGCGCAGCUCCCGGACACCGUGUUCCACCACGGCCGGGUGGGAAUCAACACGGACCGCCCGGAUGAGGCCCUGGUGGUGCACGGCAACGUGAAGGUCAUGGGGUCCCUGAUGCACCCUUCGGAUGUCCGAGUGAAAGAGGACAUCCAGGAGGUGGACACCACGGAGCAGCUGAAGCGGAUCUCCAGGAUGAGGCUGGUGCACUACAACUACAAACCUGAGUUUGCAGCCACGGUGGGCAUUGACAGCACCUCUGAGACAGGUGUCAUCGCUCAGGAGGUGAAGGAGAUUCUGCCGGAAGCUGUGAAGGACACUGGGGACCUGGUCUUUUCCAAUGGGAAAACUCUGGAGAACUUCCUGGUGGUGAACAAGGAGCGGAUCUUCAUGGAGAACGUGGGAGCCGUGAAGGAGCUGUGCAAGCUCACGGAUAACCUGGAGACGCGGAUCGAUGAGCUGGAAAGGUGGAGCCACAAGCUGGCCAAGCUCAAGAGGCUGGACAGCAUGAAGUCAACUGUGAGCUCUGGAGCCUUCAGCCAAACUGGGAGCCAGUUCAGCCGGGCAGGAAGCGUGCCCCACAAAAAGAGACCCCACAAAGUCACCAGCAAGUCUCCGUCGGUUGUCCCGGAGCAGGCCUGCAUCAGCCAGCGCUUCCUUCAGGGCACCAUCAUUGCCCUGGUCAUCAUCAUGGCAUUCAGCGUGGUGUCCAUGUCCACGCUCUACGUGCUGAGCCUGCGCAGCGAGGAGGAUCUCGUGGACAUCGAUGGCUCCUUUGCUGUACCCACUGCCUGUCUCCUGGCCCUCUUUCGGCAUGGGGGUCCCGGAAUUCCGGUUGCUCUGUGUCCACGGUCAAGCCAGAACAUUGACAAGACGCAGAUCGUGCGAUCCACAGCCACAUCCAGCGGGGCCAGCAGCAGGACCCCCCCAGACCAUGUCCCAGAUGAGACACAUGGAGUGGCCCUUGGCGUUCCUGGUCGCGGUGUGCUGGCCUGUUUCAGCCCUCCCUGUUUUUCCACGUGCUGCGCCAUUGCUCCCACUGCCAUCUCCUCCACUGUCCCCUCAGAGACCAGCCCUGCCCAUGCCACCAACCGGACAGACCAAAGCCAGCCCUCCCUCCUGCCAGUGACAAAUAUCAAAGCCAAAUCCAGGGGCAUCACCGGGAAAUCCGCCUCCUACACCAAGUGGCCAAAGACUCCUGACAGGUCUCAGAGCUUCGGCAGCCCCAAUGCCAGCCCCUCCUCCCCCUUCUCCCACAUCCAGGGCAAAUCCAAGUACAUCUCCAACCUCUCGCUCUCCCGCAGCAACUCCCGGCAGCAGCGCAGCCUCCGGCAGCCGGUGAGCGAGCGGCCCCGCACGGAGCAGCCCGGCACGGAUGGGCCGAGCCCGGUGCUGCAAUCCAUCCGGAUCCUGGAGAUCAACCUGGCCAUCCAUUCCCAGUACUGCGCCGCUGCUGACGCCUGCAGGGCUGGGAAUUUCAGCUACCGCAUCCCUGUGAGCCAGCAGACAGCCGUGAACACCAACCUGACCUUGGAGAUGAACUCCUCCUCCACUGUGUCCAUCUCCCUUUGUGACCUUGUCUCCAGUGAUCCCUGCCAGGACGCUGUGAGCAGGAACAGCUCCACUAACUCCACAGAUGCACAGGACACCUCGCACCGCUGGCCCCUGGUGAUGCUGUCCUUCCGGGAGUUUUCCUACCACUUCCGAGUGGCGCAGCCGGGCCGAGCUGACUGCAGCACUUCCCUGGAGCAGCUGGGACACCUCUUCACUGACUAUUACUUCCAGUUCUACUGGCUCUGUGAGUGAGUCCCGGCAGCACCAGUGCCCUCUGCUCGGAGACAGGAGGGGAACUGGUGCCACUGGGAGCCUCCCGAAUUCCCUGCUCCGCUGGCCCCCAGCCCCGCCUCAUCCCCAUGUCCUGCGGCAGCUCCGGAGCUGGAAUGGUGAUGGCUGGAGACACUGAAGCUCAGGACAGACAGGACCUAAAAGCCACCACCAGCCCUGUGGUGGCUCCUGGGGGGACCUCGCACCUAUUCCCAGCAUCCCACACCCCUCUCCUUCCCUUAGGGGGAUGUUUGUGUCCUCCAUCACUUCCCCCUCCCCUUCCAACACUGGAUUUGGAAGCAUCACACCGGACUGAGCGUGGACAGCUCUGCC